AUGGAUGAAAAUACCAAGUUUAUGGCAAAAGAGAAAUAUUAUAUAUUGUUGGAAGAUAACGACUUAACUAAGGAUUUUCAAAUAUAUAUUACUGGCAAAAUGUCAAACAUAGCAAUUAUACGUAACUCAUCCAAUAUGUCAACUUAUGAACAAAAUGAGUGGCUUAUAGGAUAUUGCAAGAUAAUUAUGACAAAAUUAAUAAAUGAUGCCUAUAAGGUAAAACUAGAAGGAUAUCAAUAUGAAGAUACUUCGGAAGGUUCAAGUAUAGGUUACUGUCUACUAUUAUUACCAAGAGAUUUUGAUUAUAAAAUUAGAGAAUCACAUGAUUGGCUGAAAUAUAAAUAUAUGAAGAAUGUUAUAAUUAUAUAUGUAGAUGUAUUGGAUGAUUUAUUGAAAAGUAAUGAGAACUUACAGGAAAAGAGAUCUUUAUUUGAAGUACUGAUACGCACUCAUGAAUUACCAGAAUUUAAGUAUUUAAAGUUCAUAAUUAUACAUCAAUUUUCAAGAUUUAUUAAUCAAAAAUAUAUAAUAAACGAUAAUAAACCAUUAGUAUCAUCGAUAUUAUACUCUUUACUUGAAAAUAUAGAUGUAUAUAGUCAGAUUAAAUUUGUUGUUAUUGACUAG